CCGGACAGGCGGACGUCGACUUGUUAUUGUUUUUCGAAGGCCGAUUCCGUGCCGGCGACAAGAGCAGCGCCACGAUGGACGGGAUCAUCUACCAAGGCCAGAACAUCUACGCGGCCGCGCUGAGCGGGGACUUCCCGCUCGUCGUGCUGCUCUGGGGCAUGGCGGCCGCGCAGCAAGUGAGCCCGUUCACGCCCGACGCCAGCAUGAACUCGGCCGUGCACUUUGCGGCCGCGGGCGGCAACAUUGAGAUUCUGCACUUCUUUGCGCAGCAAGCGUCGGCGCUGCGCCCGCACGUGACCGACAUCAUGGACGCACCCAACAGCGCGGGCGAGACACCGCUCAUCCGAGCGGCCCACGCCGGGCAAGUCGCGGCCGCCAAGGCGCUCGUGAGUUUUGGCUGCAAUAUCCUCGCGCAAGACGUAAACGGCAACACGCCAGCGCACCAUGCGGCGCACCAAGGCCAUUUGUGGACGCUGCACUAUUUAUUGGAGGCCCAGCCCUGCGACAUCGACCACGUUCUCGGCGGCCAGUGCUUGAUGCAGCGCGAUAUUUUGCACUGGGCGAUCGACGGCGGCAAUGCCACGGUGCUGCAGUACAUCCUUGACCGCGGCUACGACCCGAACGUGCCCGACUACGAGGGCCGGACCGCCUUGCACCAUGCGAUCUUGGACAGCAACAAACCGCUGAUUCAGCUCCUCCUCGCGUACGGCGCCAAGAGCGACACGAGCGACGAGCGCGGGCUCACGGCCAUCUCAACCGCCAACAACCUCCAUCGGAAUACGAUUGUCAACAUGAUCUUGACGCCGACGCUGCCAGCGCACAAGGCCUUUGCGACCCCGCGGACGACGCGGUUUUGGGUACUCCUCAUCUACGCCGUUCUCUGGUGCGGCUGCUUGAUGCUGAGUUUGGUCGUGCCGUGGUACGCGUUCUUCCCGCUGCUGCUGCUCGCGAUCUACCUCUCGAUGAAGACGCUCGCCAUGUCCAACCACAAACACUCCAAGGGCCAUAGCCAUGGCCACAAGAAAUUGUCGUCGAUUGCGCCGAGCGUGCCGCUCCACUCGGGCCAGCGCCAUGGCUCUGUCAGCGGCAUUCAGUUUACAGAGCAAGAUCGCCACGUCCUCGACGAUGAGGCGGCGACCGCGCAGGUCACGUGCGGUGCCCGUGUCCGAAAGGUGUGGAGCGUCGUGGCUGCCCAGCCCGAACUCGCGAUCGGACUCUGGUUUGGGUGGAUGCUGGCCUUUACGGGCUGCCUCGCGUAUGUUAUGUACCGCGAUUACUUUAGUUCGACGGCGUCCCAAUUCGACUGGUGGACACCCAUGCUGCCGCUGGUGUUUGUCUUGGGCGCUGUGGAAGCAACCUGUCUCGUCGUGUGGCUCGUGCUCGUCGUCAGCGAUGCUGGUCACGUCAACACGUCGCACGAAGACCUCCCCAAGAUGCUGUCCCAAGCAGCAUCAGGCGUCGCGCCCGUGGCGACGGAGCACUGUACCACGUGCAUGGUCGCCAAGCCGAUUCGGUCCAAACACUGUGCGCUCUGUGGCAUUUGCGUCGGGCGCAUGGACCACCACUGCGUCUGGGUCAACAAGUGCAUUGGCUUUACCAAUCACCGCGUGUUUGUGCUCUUUUUGACGACGCAACUCGUCACGAUCGCACUCUACUUGGUGCUGUUCGUGCUCUAUUUGCGCAAGGACGAUGCGUUUCUCGAGACACUUUUGCAUUCGUCGCUCCCCGAGGUUGUGCUUGUCGUAUGGGCGACGCUCUGCUGCUUGGGUCUCGCCAACCUCCUCCGCACGCAGCUCGCUGGCAUUGCUCGAAAUGUGACAGUCAACGAGUCGAUCAACUGGAAGCGGUACCCGUACCUCAAGGCUGUUGGCAGCAACAAAAGAACCAACCCGUUCGAUCAAGGUUUUGGCGCCAACAUCGCUGAGUUUUUGUCCCACUCGGUCGACUACUUGAAGCUCCGAGAGGCGCCUCGGCCCAAAAUGCUCUCGGGCGACGACACGGCCGUGAAAUCUGUGUGAUUUUUAAAGUCCGCGCGAUGACGAGUCACAAAAUGGGCUUUUGCAAGCGCCAACCGUAUACAGCGUAAACUUGAAUAUACAUGCAGUAUACAUAUACCACAGAGAAGCCAUGAGCAAUACAACGCCCGCUGACCUCGCUGCAGAGCUCCAACCGGGCC